AUUGUGAAUGUUUUAAAAUAUUUUUAGUAGUAGUAAAGUAAGUUCAUAAGUAUACUAUUAAAUAUAGUGAUUUUCCUUGACACUUUUUAAAUUACAAAAUUCCUAAUGCAUGGCAAACCAUAUCAUAAAAUGCCUGUUUCUUCUUGGAUGAUUCCAGGAGGAAAUAGGGAACAAAAAGAAAAGCUCAUGAAGGCAAAACAAUACCCGAUGAAGAGUGCUAUACAGAAGAAUCUUGGUGGACCUUUAUCUGAAGUUUUCUUUUCCAACUUGACCCCUGUACAACAGGACCACGUAGGGUACACGCCCAAGCUGCAUGGACCUGGGGAAGACUUCUGGGUGUCUCCGAGUGACAUCCUGCUCGGCCAAGUGGUGGUGAAACCUCCGUUCUCAUGCAGGAUCAAACAGGCGCUUACUCACCAAGGCAUCCUGGAGAUCGGCAGUCAGAUCGAGAAGAAGGUCAUCAGAGCUCAUAAAAAAGAUAUGGAAGCUGCUCUAAAGAAGAAGGAGCACGAAAUGAGACAACUCGCUGAUCAGAUGAUACAACAAGCUCUACAAAAUGAGAGACUCACCCAAGCAAGGAUGAAUAAUUAUAUAUUGCAAUCUGCACAAGCACAUCUAACAACAGCGUAUCAGGCCAUCCUGAACUCAACGGUAGAUGAGAUCUUGAAAGACUCAUUGCAUAGGAUGGAACAGGCAGUGAACGACACACGACUCGAGCUGGAGCAAGAGUUGUGCAAUGCUGUGGAAAGUCACACACAAGAUCUCGGCAGACAAUACGAGCUGCAGGUUGCAUGGCUGCGGAAUCAGAUGUUUGAAAAAUAUGAGAACUUACUCAAGAAACAAAAUCAAAAAUGUUCAGUGGAGUUAGAAGAGAUAAGAAACCAGUGUGAGUUUGAAGUUGAGAGAAAUUUUGCUCACAUCCAAGCAGAGCAUAUCACUGACUUGGUUGUUCAAGCCUGUGAGAAAAGUCAAAUACAUCAUGAAGAAAAGAAACAUCUCGAGCAAGAUUUUGGAACUUGGUUCGUAUCUAAUUUUGACUCUGAAAUUGUGACUAGAGAUUUUACGAUCUUGGAACUGGAAGAUGUCAUAAGGAAGUUGGAAACUCAAGGCCAACGACGAGAGCAGCAAUUGAAAGAUAUCCUCAGACAUUUCCAAAAAUUUAUAAACUACACUCUUCAUGAAAAACCUGGACAGGCAGAAUUCCUGUUGAGUUUAGAACGAGAGCUGAAAUGUUUAGAAACACAGGUAAAAACCGAUGGAGAAGUAGAAUUAAUAUGUAAAACAAUAUUGGAUUACAUUUUAAAGUGUAUCCAUGAACAAAGCAAGACUAAAAAAGAGGAAAGUGAAAUAAUGAACCAUGAGAAUUUCAGGAAUAAAAUAUCAGAAGAUAGAGGCAAAAAUAGACUAUUGACAUUAGUAGGAGAAGACAAAUCAGAUAAACCGAAGGAUUUCACUAAUGUUAGAUCUUUAUCAAAAGUAUUCAAAAACAACGAGAUGCAAUCCCUGGUAAAUUUGUUCCAACAAAAUCCAAGUCUGAUGAAAAUGUUUCACUCUUUGAACGGAUCGUCAAAUGAAGAAAUCGUAGGUGAAGUGUAUCCUGAGCAAGUGAACAAAAAAUGAGGUUCUAAAAUAAAUCAUCUUCAUUAUUUGGAAACUAAACUAAAACUAAAGUAGGAAUUAAUAUAAAAUGUUAAAAAAGUGUAGAUUAAAUUUUGUACAGUAUA